AUGAGACUCGUCCUUUCCACCGUCACCCUGCUAUCCAUCGCAGGAUCAGCCAUUGCUGAGAAAGCCAUUCAGGGUGGGUCCCAGGCCGCGACCGGAGAAUUCCCUUAUCAAGUUUCCAUUCAAACCAGCUCCCACAAGUGCGGUGGAUCUAUCAUCGAUAAAGAUCAUAUCCUAACUGCCGCUCACUGCGUGGAUGGACUAUCCGCAAAUCGCCUGAGAGUUCGAGCGGGUUCCAACCAGCACAGCUCGGGUGGGAAGUUGGUCAAGGUGGCUAAAGUCACGCAACACUCAGAGUACGACCGGAAAACAAUCAAGAAUGACAUCGCCGUCCUCAAGCUGGCCUCGAGCCUAGACUUUGGGUCUACCAUCUCGGCUGUGGAACUUCCAUCCUCAGCGGACGAUACGCCGCCGGUGGGGACCAAGUGCUCUGUCACUGGCUGGGGGAGUACCUCCUCUGGAGGCUCGAUGCCCACAAACCUCUUGGUCGCGUACGUCGAUAUUGUUGACCACGAGAAAUGCGCGAAGCAAUACGUGGAUGACCGUGAAGUUGAUGACUCCAUGAUCUGUGCUGGUGCCGAAUUUGGAGGAAAGGAUGCCUGCCAGGGAGAUAGCGGUGGUCCACUUGUUGAUGCUAGCUCGAAGAAGCAGGUCGGAGUUAUUUCGUGGGGCUUUGGAUGUGGGAAAUUCAGCCAUAGUGGUGUUUAUGCGAGCACCGCAGCUUAUCUUGAUUGGAUUCAGGAGGCCGUUCUAGCAGUCUAG